UAAAGGAAGAACACUAAUAUAACCGAUCAUCGGAUUGCCGCGAGGACGAGAACGCACGCGCGACGCAACCCGGAGCAUGUUGGUGCACUAUGGUAUGCGCGGCGGUUUUUUAUUACAAAAAGAAAAGAAAAAAUCCUGCGGUGGAUUUGUUUUACGUCGCGCGCCUCGCAGGCACAGAAAGGUUAUGCCGUUUUUAGCGUCAGCGAAACGUGACUGAUUUGCGGCGCCUCCUCGGAGGUGCAACUAACUCUGUACUUUGGCGUUCUUUCGUGGGCGGAGAAUUGUAGCGAGCAGUGACCGUAGGCAAUGAAAUUUUUAAUUGUCCGGUGACAUUCUCCCAGCAAGAGAAAAAGAGGGAGAGAGGGAGAGAGAGAGAGAGACCAUUACGGGCAGGUGUGUCUUCGUUCGGAUGUGUGCACCGCCCCACCAGCUUGGCGCGAGUUCCUCGCGGUCUCCGGUUUCAUCGGUCGCGAUUUCAUCGGCGAAACGUGUAAAUGGGCGCCACGGACUGAAAACAAUCUAAUCCCCGGGGACCUGAUGACUGUUGACAAUACGGAUCACCAUAAGGCAAAAAUGAAUACCUCUUUAACGUCACUUCAACCAAAUAGUCAAAGCUUAGAAAGGCAAAAACAUGUCAAAACAACAACGGAAAGACUUUAUAAUAGUCUUACCAAGAAGAGAAAAGAUCCAAAGCAAACAAGUGUUCAAAGAAUGUGGAUAAAUUAUGAAGACUGCAAAGAUGAUUUUUGGGCUGCUAUUAGGUCUAAUUAUGAUUAUAUUAUGGAUACUAAUUUAAUCGAUACUUGUAAGGAAGCAAAUGGUGAGUUAAUAUGGGAUGAAACAGAUGUGUCAACACAAUCUUGGAAUUUGAAGGAAGUCAGUAGCCAAUUUUCAGAGCUUUACUCAUGGUUAAGAAUUCUUCAAGAAUUGGUCUAUUCUAAGGAAGAAAAUCUUUUAGACAAAAGCCUGCGUGCGGCUCAUAUGGAAGAGCUACGACGCAAGGCGUACAGACGCAAAUUGUUCAAUGAGCAAGCGGAAAAAUUAAUUUCUCGCGCCCCUGCUUUAAAAGACGAAGUGGCAUGGCGUGUAGAUCACUUGAAUUCAAAAUGGGAAUUAGUCGAACAAAUUAUGGCGCCCAUAGACCGACCUAUAUCUAGUCAACAAGAUAUAUCAGCAGAUUUUGAACGUGAAGUAAAAUGUCUAAGAAAAUGGUUACGAGGAAUGGAAUCACGUCUUCAACCUUUAAGCUUCCACAUCAAUUGGACUCUACCAGAACUGGAAGAAAAAGCAAUAGAGUAUAUGGUACUCCAACGAGACAUUAAGGCGCACGGACGUAUCGUCAGUUCAGUUGUAAAAUUAGGAGAUAAAGUUUUCACGCAACAACAAGAACAAAAGCAACAGCGAAAGCAGCAACAUCAAUUUUCGCAGCCUUUACAAAUAGUAAGAUCAUUGGAACGACGUUGGCAUCAACUAUUUCUACUUUCCUUGGAAUGGCAGUAUCACAUUGAAACCCUCGUAUCUCGCAUAAGAAAUAAGAACGCCGCGGCUUGCAGUAGCGACAGCGACGAGGAACCGGUCACGAAACAGCCUCGUCUCAGCCGCGGACGAUCGCGUGGCUCUGGAACGGAUUCGUCGGGACAGUCUGUUCGCUCGAGGCGUACGGGACGCGCGAAGCGCGUCGCCGGACACAACUCGGGAUCCGAGUAUCUCGAUCAUCAUUCAGUCUCCGGAGCGAGGACCGACCCGUCCGACAGCGACGCCUCUUCCGAGAACCGAUCCGUCGGUGAAGGAUCGUAUUUCGAGGAUGAAUUAUGUCAACUAUGUGUGAUGGACGCAAGGUCCGACGAACCGGCAAAACGAGAAGCCACUAGUUUCAUACUUACGUCUACCGCGGGGGAUCGAGGGGAGGAAGGUGACGUCGAGGACAACGGAGUGAGCGUCAACACCGAUAUGCCGCCUACACCGGAUACUGUACCGAUAACAACAUCAACAGCGGUGAUGCAGGAGUCAUGCGAUGAAAUCGACGCGGGUACCGUGCAAAUCAAAAGCACAGAAAAAUCCAAUAAAAAUCUGCGAACGAAGACUGAGGUUGUGAAACGUUGUGGUGAAACAGAAGUUGCUGCCUCGUUCAACAUGUCUGAUAGAAAAUCAAAAAAUUGUGCUACUUUUUACUUUAAACAUCUGGAUACCGAUUCUGAGGUGGAUUGUCAACCAAUUCAGGAAUCGUCAAACACAGUCGAUGAUUCCUCCGAGGAGGAAUGGACUUAUACUUCUACUCGUCGAAAUAAUUCGUUUGUCGUUUCGGAGCAGCGUAGGACAAACGUUGUGGUCCGUUUAGAUUUUGACGAAAGUCCGCGGAUAGCUGUGUCAGAAAAUAUACAUUUUACACAGCCGAAGAAUAUAAAACGAGAUAACGAGAGAGAAAUGUCUGCAGAACGUAUGCACGAUCAUGAUGCUCAACAAAAGGAUAGCGAUGAUGAAAGAAAGAAUGAUAAGUCAAGUAUCCAAAAAUUAAUUAAAGAAGUGGAAAAUUUGAUUGGUGAAGAGCGACAUACAGCUUCGCGCAGCUUUUCACAGUUAGUAUUCGAGGAGAAGAACAUAACGAAUAAUCAUCGAGCUAAGUACGCGCGCGUAAAGGAAUGGUUGAAGUUGAACGCGUCGAGAAGUUACGAAGGCAGGUCACAGCCGUUAGAUAGUUGCGAUGCCAGCGGUGAAUAUACAACGGAGGAAUCCGAUGGAGAAAGACAAUCGAUAUCGUCGGACGAUUUACAGAGCAGCAUAGCGACCUAUCGCCGAUUCGAAGGCGCUCUCGGGGGUAUAUCUCAGUCCCCUUCACAAGAGAUACUCUAUAAUUUUCAGAAAACGCCUAUUAAUGAAGUACCUCCCGAUGAGAACACGCCUAAGGUCGUAAUGCGCUCUAAACAAAAAGUGAAAGGCUCGAGACCAUGGAGCGUUUCUUGUAUCUCUCAAAUCGGAAAUAAUUCUAAUUUAGCUCAGAUGAAUGAUUCUUUUUUACCAUUCUCUAUAUCUGAGACUGCGCUUCAUCAGUUAGUCGCAACUCCACCUACCAAAUCUGUAUCCUUAGAUGCUACAGGAACACGGAAAUCAUUUAAUUCCACAUCUACUUUGUUAGAAGAGUCUCUUAUAUGCCCUGAUGAUCGCGUAGUUAGAAAUAUUUCAUUUCGCAGAAAAAAAAAUAGAUUGCGUAAAAAAACUUUGGGUCGUAAGAGCGAAUCUAGUUCGGAAAGCGUGCAUGCCAAUCAUCAUUCGGCAGGUAGCGAUGGCAGCUCGAAUCAGCAACGCUCGUCUCGCAAAAUGAAUCUAAGUCGCACAAUGCAUUCAGUUUCAAAAGAAAACUGCCACAGUCGUUCGACGACUCUUGUUAAAUCCGGUUCUUUCUCGGGCUGUACUGUCUAUCAACAAUUACACGCAGAAACGGCGAUUGCUAAUAGUUCUACGCCGCUCAGACUACUUUGUUGUAAGCCAAUUAUUUCAACAUCGGAGAUUGAAAGCGAAGAUCAUAAUUAUGCUCAAGGACAUCUCCCUUCCGAUAAUAAUAUAUUGAAUAACACAGUGAAUAGUAAAGAAUUAACCAGUCAGCAGUUAAAUGUAGACAGUGAUGUAGAAAUGAACAGUCUUGGUAACAAUUCAUUAUAUGAACAAGCUUGGGAUAAUUACCAGGAGAAGUAUAUGAGUGAAGCUUAUAGUGAACCAUUAGAUGUAGAAAUGGCUCGACGAUUAUUGGAUUUUGGAGAUGAUUAUCGAAAUUUCCUCGAUAGUCAAUCAGAGUGCGCAUCCAGUAUAAGCGCAAUUCCUGCUAGUUCGCCAUUACCUAAGAUUCGCACAUAUCAUGAAAUUGGCGAUAGUACGGAAGAGAGUGAUAAUGAUGAAGAAAAUUUACGAAAAAUCGUAGAGAAUUCACAAUCACAGCUUAUACUUGCUGAAAAUACUUUUGUAAAAUCCAAUGGCGUGAUUCCUGCAGAACUCGCCGAAAUGGAGUCUGCGUGUAAAGAAAACUUAGGGUGUUUGCAGAUUGUAUUGGACUCGCAGAACGGAUACUUGCGAAAUGAAAAAUAUUCGAAACAAGUUCGCGGUGUGAUUGAAAGAUGGGAAACUUUGGCAAAACGAGUCAAGCAGGCGCAAGCGGCUGUUCCUCUUCAUCGUAUGCUGGCUGCCACGCGAACAGAUAUUAAAGACAUACACGAUCGACUUUUUAAUUAUGAAAUCGUUUUGGAGCCACAUUUGCUUGAUGAUCGUAUUAAUAGGAUUGUUGCCGACAUAGCUGUUCUGAAUGACCGCAAGGUCAAUGCGAUGUUCGUACUGAAUGUCUCCGUGCAUCGAAUGAUCCCCGAUCUCGGUGCCUCCGCGCCCUUAAUCUGCACAACCCUUAAGGACGGUGUGGCGGACCUUUAUAGGAUACACGACGAGACACUUCAAAAAUGUAAUCAGCAAUUGCGCGCCUUGCAAGACGUACAACAGUUUGGUACAUGCUUGGCCGAACUCCAAUCCGCUCUACAGAGGGACAAAGAAUCUUUGGCGGUCUUGGACGUAGCCGUGCAAGCGGGAGCCACUCCGAGAAUCGCCUCCUCUGUCAGUCACUUGGCCCGGGUUCUAUCCGAGAGACAAGACAUCAAUUGUCAGAAUGAUGCGGUGCUGAAUGACGCAAGAACGGAGGAGGUGCACUGCAUAAAAUUUGCCGCUACUUCCGCGAGCAAUCUCACACAGGAGGGCGGAUCCCUCUCCGACAGCGGGAUCUCCGAUGGAAGCGGAAGCGAGCAGGAGCUGAGCAAGCGCGAGCACAGGUUAGCGAAUCUUCGCAGAAUAACGCGGAACUUAGAGGCACAGCUCGCACCGGGCAGCAAGGCCCUGGACGAGCUGUGGAAGAGGAUCGAGGACGCCGAGAGCGACCUGCGCGAUUUACAAAGGCAGUGCAGGGAGCUCAUUGUACGCACGGCGGCGGCGAGCAUGGACACGCGUGCCACCAAGCGUACAGCAACCAAUCAGAUUCAUUGUCCUGCUGAAUAUCGAGAUGACGCGCUCUGCUGGACAGAGAGGAAACCGUCCAUGGACGACGUCGGAAAUCCUACCUCCGUCAACGCACGAUUUGAGGAGAGGCACUACGCUUUCGAAAGUCAUACAACACGUUACAUUUUUCGCACGAGUGACAGUACAGGCGAUCAGCUGAUUCGUGAAGAGAUAUCGAGAGACGAGAUACCGUUACGACACCCUCCGAUACUGUUACCCCGAGAAGAAGCUGAUCUCUGUUCCGAUCUCGGACAGCCUAAACAGAGAUGUAAGGAACUGUGCGGUAGAAGGGAGAGUCGCAGCAUCUUGGAGUUGCGCAAGGAGAAGAGCCGGGACGCGGCGAGGUCGCGGCGGGGUAAAGAGAACUUUGAGUUCUACGAGCUCGCGAAAAUGCUUCCUCUACCAGCGGCCAUUACCUCCCAGCUGGAUAAAGCCUCCAUAAUAAGACUAACGAUCUCGUAUCUCAAACUCCGCGAUUUCUCCAGUCACGGCGAUCCGCCGUGGUCCCGCGACGGUCCACCGCCCAGCAAAUCUGUCAAAGGUGCUAAUCGAGUCAGAUCAUCGUCAAACGCAGCAAUAGAUCAUUUUGAAAUUCAUCAAGGUACCCACAUAUUACAGUCCCUGGACGGCUUCGCGAUGGCUGUCGCGGCUGAUGGCAGAUUCCUGUACAUAUCCGAGACCGUUUCGAUAUAUCUUGGCCUCUCACAGGUAGAAAUGACGGGGUCGAGCGUUUUCGAUUACGUCCAUCAGCAAGAUCACGCCGAGGUCGCCGAGCAACUUGGUCUAGGACUCGCGUCUUCGACGAGCACCUCGGGACCUCAUUCAUCGAACUCCGGUCUAGCCUCGCCAAGUAGCGGCGCGUCCGAAGAUCACGGUUCGUCCUCCACCGCAAAUCCCGACGUGUCCUCGGUAAUGUCGCUAUCGCCGACUGGACUUUAUAAGGGGUACGAUCGAGCGUUUUGCGUCAGGAUGAAAUCCACUCUGACGAAGAGGGGGUGUCAUUUCAAGUCGUCGGGUUAUCGGGUCGUAUUGUUGCUGUGUCGUUUGAGGCCGCAGUUCGUAUUUAGCCAUACGAGAAAGUCCGCGCCACCCUUGAUGGGCAUGGUCGGGCUUGCCAUCGCGCUUCCACCGCCGAGUGUACACGAAAUUCGUCUCGAGACCGACAUGUUCGUCACACGGAUCAAUUUCGACUUUCGGAUAGCGCACUGCGAACCAAAGGUUUCCGAAUUGUUGGACUACACGGCCGACGAAUUAACAGGGAAGAAUCUCUACACGCUUUGUCACGGCGAGGACGCGAAUCGCUUGCGAAAGUCUCACAUAGAUCUGAUCCAUAAAGGGCAAGUACUAACGCAUUACUAUCGAAUGAUGAACAAGAGCGGUGGAUACACGUGGUUGCAGACGUGCGCCACCGUCGUGUGUAAUUCGAAGAAUGCCGAGGAGCAAAAUAUCAUUUGCGUCAAUUAUGUCAUAAGCGGCCGAGAAUACGAAAACUUAAUUAUGGACUGCUGUCAGUUGGAGGACGGCGUCACCGGCGUCAAGAGGGAGGACACGGCCGGAAAUGAUCCGGAGAACGGAUCGCCGGACGCUGACAGAGGAGAGGGUCGUAGUCGAGGCGGCCCUACGAAUCAGCAUCAGGAGCAAUCACAUCGAUCGCCACCCGAGGAGCGAGAGGAGAGCCACGCGUCGGAAAGCGAGAAGCGUGGUAGCCGGCAUCACGACAAUAUAGCCCAAUUGCAGCAACAGGAGUCAUCGCAGACAGCCGUCGGGAAUAUUAGCACGCUUGUGGUGAGAUUACGCGGUCACAAGCGGAAAAUUCAAGACGACGACAGCAGCUCUAACGAGGAGGAGGAGGAGGACGAGGAGGAAGCGACGGUUAAAGAGUCAAACAGCGAGAGGGCGACUCGGACUCUCAGUCCUAGCGCGACGUCCACGCACUCGAUUUCGACGACUGAGCAGACCCUCUGCUCGACUAGCCCAAAAUCUCGUCGCACCGACAGCGGCAGGUUAGACAAUGGGGCCGAGAAUACCUCGGGAACCUCGGUGAAGGAUCUGGAGCAGGCUAUGUCGAAGCAUCUACCGGGUAGUUCAUUGAACAAAUCGAAUUCACCGGCGACUCUUCACCAUCAACCGACAGAUUUUAGUACGGACGCAUUGCUGAAACAGCAGCAGCAACGUAGCACGAUACAAUGGAUUGGUGCGCAUCAUCACCUAGGCCACCUGAGUCCGCAGCAAUCAGCGGCGGCGGCGGCCGCCGCCGCGCCCUUACCUGCCUCCGCACUUCUUAGGCAGCUCUAUGCGGCCAAUCGGGAAAGCGUGAUACGCGCUAAUGUGCACGGAAUAACGUCAAGCGGUGGUACGCGAACGCCCGUGUCGACCGGUAUCUAUUAUCCUGGCGAGACAGCCCCUAACGGACCGCUACCUACACCACCGGGCUCCGAAGGCUCCAGUACGUACGGUGAACACCAAUUCGUGCUUGCCGCGCACAAUCAAAAAGGAUCCAACGGUACUAGCUGCGCCGACGCUUUUACCAGUCUCGUUUCGUCAUAUACGUCCGCCACCGCUGGCUACCCAGUGGAUUAUCAUUCGGCGAUGACGCCGCCAUCGUCGGUGUCGCCACGGGACAAACAGCAACAGCAGCAGCAGCAGCAGCAGCAACAGCAACAGCAGCAACAGCUACAUUCCGUGAACGUGAUAAACAGCUAUGAGAGUUCGUCAGCGUAUACGGAUCCAGUUCUCCGUCACCAAUACGAACCAGCCCAGCCAUUACCUUUGAAACCACAGGUGUACUCGGCCACUGUUCAUCCGAGUGCCUUAGACGCCGCAGCGGCGUAUGCCUCGGCGGGUCUGACGGAGCAGCCACAAUUCUAUCAUCAUCCGGCCGGUAGCGCCGGUUUCCACAUCUACCAUCCAGGCAACAAAUCGACGGCAAACGGCUGGUACACCUCGGCGUCCUAGUGGCCCCACUCGUAGAUUGUACCGCCCGUACGCGGAAUGCGUGUACUUAAGCAACUGUAAUUAAACCCAAAGUCCUCUCCCUCAGUGCAUAUCAGUGAUACGUUAUCUCGUCGCUAUCGCGAUCGUCGGCGAGCAAUCCUCGUUUCGUCGUUCGGGACCGGGAGAAAGUUCAAUCUCUCGCUGAUCCUUUCUCUCGACCCCGCGCCGCACGUCCCGAUGCGUCGACCGCGCUGUAACAAUCGCUCUCUUCUCCAUUAUGUGUAGAACGAUUUAUUGUAAUAUAAUGAAUAAAUUAUUAUAUAUAUGUUGACUUCUCUCAGAGGUAUCUGCGUAUAUAAAGCAUGAAGCCAACCGAAACUCAUGCGUGUUCACCGUGCGUGUUCGAAGUAAUUUGACGCGACGCUCAAAAAGAUCGCAAUAUGUUAAGGGAUUCGCGAUUUAUUAUAUAUAUAGGAAGUCCCAUUUUAAAUGAUGCACGCGAAUAUCUUUAUAAUUAUUAAUAAUAUCAAAAAAUACUUCAGAUUAACAUAAAAAUUGUAUCAAUUAAUGCAUACAAAAGUAGUUCCAUUAGAAAAAAAACAAGGUUUAUUUUUUCAUAUCACUUUCAUUCAUACAAAACUUAACAUCAGAAUAAUCUGGAAGAUAUAAGUUUUUCUCAAAACUAUACAAUUUUUGUCUGAAACAUUUUUAAUAGCAUCAUUAAUUUCAAGGAUAUUCGUCAUUUAAAAUGCAUGGGGAACAAACUAUAUAUCGUUAGACAACGAGGAAAUAAUUUCGUCUUUUCGUACCGCGUUAGAUAUUAUUAAUCGAGCGCAAUUAAUUACUGCUCGAGUGCGGUGCUUGGAAUAUGUUGUAUCGUAAUAUUUCUUUCUGCGGAUGAAUCCUUUCAUCAAAGACGAACUGGUACAAAAUCUUUACACACUUUAACGUUCAUUUAAUUCGGCAAAAGAAAACAUUGACGAAAUUUAUCUCGGUAUAAUACAAAACGUGUUUGAAGAAAGCACAACAUAUACUUGAGAGAAAUCGCUAUCUCUAUCGAUUUGCGCGGACAAUUUUCAAAUAAAUUAAAUAUUUAAUUUGUUACUUAAAUUUUGUUGGAAGUGAUGACAAUUGAUUUGUCCCAAAAUAAUUCGUUGUUGCAAAUUUCUUAUUUUAAAUUUCAAUAUACAAUUUCUGAGAAAGUUACAAACGAUUUUUCGGAUCGACUUCUCGGAUUUGAUAUUCUAUGUAUGACUUGCGUGGCCGCAAUUGAUGAUCGUAUGGGAUAGAAAAUCGAAAAUGUCAGAUGCAAGACUGGCACAUGAGAGAAUAAAACACGAAAUUUAGAUAUGGUUGCGUUAUAAUUAUGAUAUAUGUUGGAAACAUAACAGAGCAAUUUGGAACAUGAGUGAUAUUAAAAAUAGACACUUUUUAUUAAAAUACGUAUUGAGAUUCUUUACUUAUUAAGGACAAGAGACAUUUGUAUGUAUAUUUAUAGAGAGAUUGCUCUAACUAUAUUAUCUUCUCUAAGUAUAAAUUAGAAAGACAAAAGUGUUAGAUAUCGAAAGGACAUAUAUCGCGUAAACGCGAGAUAAAAGUCAACAUUGCGCUUUGGAGGUAGCGAAUUCUUUUACGAAGGUUAUUGUAUUUUAAUGUUUAAAUUUCGACGAGUUGUUUUUGACAAGUACACGUGUAAAUACAGCUUACGUGCCUAAAAUUUCACUCGCCCGGCAUUACUUUACUCAAUUUCCGUAGGCUUGUGCCGAUUUAGAAUUUUUUACGAAAUAUAUUCAUAAGAUAAUAUGUGAGAAUUUUUACAGCACACAACUGGUAAUAUACAGAAGGCAAAAAUUAUAAUUAUGUUUCACAUUCUAUAUGCAGCAGCGUUCGGCGAGACGAAUCUGUAUAUAAAUCUGCCGUAAGUAAUUACGCAUCAUUAAUGUGGGUAAGUAAUAUCGAAGCUAAAUAUUAUAGUUGGAGAUCAUUUAGGAUAAAUUGCGAAUAUAUUAUUUCUUUGAACAAAUUUAUAAAUUUUCUUUUUAAACUUAAAUGCGUAUUUAAAAAUAUAUUUAAAAAACGCAAAGAAAAUACAGAACGUCAUAGAUAAUUUAUUUUAAUCGAUUUCAUUCCCUUUUAUACGCUUAUAUAAAAAAAGAUAUAUUGUGUCAUUGAAAUUAUAGUUCUUUUCAAAACCUGAAUAUCAUAUUAGCGAUAUGCUCGUACAGAAAUGUUGAAUGCAUCUUUGUUGCUUCCAGAUCUGUUUAGCAAUCGUUGUACAAAAGAUAUCGAUUUAAUAGCGUAGCAAAAAAUAACACGAGUAUGCUGUUUGUAUAAAAAUGACUUAUGUACACUUUCAUGGUGUAUUACAUUAGCAAUGCUUAGUAUAUAUAUAAUUAUUAUAUUAUAUUAUCAUUAUUGUUUUUUGUUUUUGUUAUUUAACUAUUAUAAUUACUAUCUCCUUAGAGCUAUGUUAAUUUUAAAUUAUUACAAUGAGUUUUUGCAGACCUAUAUAUAAAAGAAAGUAAAAUAUAAUCUGUAAAAUAUAAUCAUAUAAACGAGUGAAAAAAUAAAAUCACUAAAAAAAAAAGUGUUAAACGCACUUUGGACGGUAAAUAUUACAACUAAUACUGUGAAUUGUUAUGAGAAAAAAGAAAGAACAAAAUAUAUAUAUUUAUUUAUAAAUGUAAGUAAUCUACCUUUAUAAAAUAGAGACAUUUGUACAUGUAGAAUCUAUUUAUGUUACAUACAACUCUCUUUUAUGCCCGAUCAUAAAAACAUAUAAAUUGGAAUGUGUAAAAUACACACAUUCCAGUAAAAUUAUAUAUUAUAGAAUCAAUUAAAAUUUCUCUCUUUUUCUCAUUGGCACGUAACGCAAGAAAAUCGUUCUUUUCCUAUCCAUAAUUAUUUUUUGAAACUGGUAACUGAUGAGAAAAAAAAUUGAUGAAAAAUUGAGAUUUUGGCAGUCAUAUUACAUCGUAAAGAAUUGCAAGAAAUGCGUAAAGAAACAAUAUGGAAUGAUACUAAUGAUUUCUGAACGCCGCAUAAUGAGACAGAAUCCUAAAAGUUGGCCAUAAUUCGGAUUUAAUUCUAUGAAGUUUAAUUUUAAUGUUAUUUUUUCUAUUACUAAAUGUACACAAAAUAGUACAGCAUAACACAAUUUGUUUUAAUUAUAACAAAAAUUAUAUUGAAAAUAGCGACACAUUUUUCUUUGGUAUU